UUAGUACCGCGGCAAUCGCCGUCGUUAAAGGUUGUGUGUAAUGUUAUUGUCUCUCGCGUCAAUUUACGAUGUUUUGUGUACUAUUAAGUGAUCAGUGAUUUAUGAUAGAGCCUACAUUUUAGAAGAAAAUUAUAAAAUGCUCACAGCAUCCCGCCUGAGCAUAACGAUCAUCGUAAUACUACUGAAAUCAGUGGAUGGUGAGCCUCACCGGGAAAAUCAGAGCUGUGGAGGCCGGCUCAAGGGCCCCGUGGGAACAAUUCAUACCCCAAACUUCCCCAACCCGUUCCCCGUCCCCAUCAAGUGCAAAUGGAUCAUCGAGCACGAUAUCGUGAACGGCACUAUUUCGAUAUACUUCACGCAGCAGUACAUCACUAGUGGGUUGACGUUUACGGAGUAUAUGUACUAUGACGACACGUACAAGUUGGGGGAGAGGCGGGCUCUCACUGUCACGGAAGAGAACAUAACUAGGAUUAAAUAUUUACAGGUCCAAAGUCCAGUUUUGGUGGUAGAACUGACACUAGACCGGUUAGAAGGCACUCAGCUACGAGCAUUGGGCCUUCUGCAGGUGUUCGGACUCAAUGUAACGUUCGCUGUGCGGCCACCCGCCCUUACGCCCGCCCAAGCACAGGCUUCCUGCAGCGCAAUUGAGUGCCGUUUGCUUGGACAUUGUUAUGCCUCUUCUGAUUUUACAGAAUUCUCAUGUUCAUGCUUCGAGGGCUAUUCAGGUCCCGACUGCGGUAUCGGCCCAUUGUGUCCUACCACAUCUAACUUAUGCAAAAAUAACGGAAUAUGCAGGCAAAUGGGGCCAGCGGCCGUAAGUUGCAUCUGUGCGCCGGGCUACACUGGCGACCUUUGUGAAUCAGAAAUAGCCGCUCCAGAGUGCGGAAUUGAAGAAUGCUCAGAAAACUGUAAAGAAGGAAAAAAUUGUGACUGCAAUCCGAAGGACAGUGAUAGCAUUUCUGCUCGUUUUGAAACAAAACUGCAGAUCGCAGAUAGCGGAAAUGCAAAUAUAACCAAAGAAGUCACUGAGCAGAUAACUGAUUAUCUGCGAUCAUCAAACAUAACUCUACACGAUGAAAUCGAAGUCUUAAAUAUAAGUUCAGCAAACCACAACAGUCGCACUGUAUGGUUGCGUGUUUGGGGAUUACGGCGUGAGGCCGGCGCAGUUCGAACCGCUUUAGCAAGACUUGCGUCACGCGGCACUGACUCGCUUCGACUCUUGCCCGUGACAUUGCACUUUGAAAUGCAGCCUGCACUUAGCUUACACAAAUUAAUAAUAAAUCAGCAUCCAGAAGUGUGGGAAGGUGCAGAGUUCAUACUGAGUUGUAUGUCUUACGGCUCACCUAGUAUCACUUUCACGUGGUAUAAGGAUGGAGUCAGAAUCAACUUUAAAGGUACUACGAGAGGUAUAUGGACUCGGACGGUCGCAGAAGACGCGUUAGGCCGCCGUAUGUCAGUACUAGGAGUGUCGUCUGCCAAAAAGCUGGAUAGUGGCAAGUGGUCCUGCGCAGCCGAAGACGCGGGUCGACGGAGGUGUAGUGCCUUGAGAAUUACAGUUUUCCGUCCACCAAAUAUCAUCCUUGUUCCAUCCACACUUACACUGAAUAAAGGUGACAAUGUCAGUAUAACCUGUUUGGCCGGAGCAGGAAGGAUACAUGGGACAUUAGGGUUCAGUUGGGCUCGAGAGAAAAGUCUCCUUGCCCUGGCACCAGGCCGUGAAGUUUGGGAGGAUCUUUACCCCGCUGGGAGUGUACUUAAAUUAUAUAACGUUCAGAAAUCCGGUGAAUACAGCUGUCAAGUGUCAUCAGCAGCUGGUGCCAACUCUAAAUCCGUCACAGUGUGGGCACUAAGCCCAACUGAAGAUGUGUGUCCAAGUGAACCCUCCCAUGGUAUUCGAUGGCCUCAAACCGCUCCAGGUGCUCAUACUGUGGCUAACUGCCCAGUUGGAUAUACUGGUGAAACUACAAGAUUUUGUGAACCAAAAACGAUUCAAUCUGGCGUAAAGUGGGCUCAUCCAAAUUUCUCCGGCUGCAUCGACGAAUCAUUACAAGAUACUUAUGAACAGUUCACUCGAAUAUCUUACGGCUACUCCUGGGUGCCCGUAAACGAUGUUUUACGCCAAUACGGAUCAAUACUCCGAUCUCUGCCUAGUCAUCCGGGUGCCGCUACAGUACCACUUCACCAUAAUCUUGAUAUCCUAAAUUAUCUCCGGUCUCCCGUAGCACAGAGGAAGGAAAGAGAAUUAAGUGCUGAACCACUCUUGAGGAUAUACGACAUGUUGCUGAAGUAUCCCGAAGGAUUCCUUGAUGAGCAGAAAAUUUACGAUCUCCAAAACGCAAUAGUGGACACAGCGACAAUGAAGGAAGAACUUCAUUUUGUGGGCCAAGACUAUUCUGCAGAAGUCAGAUUAGUAUUAGACAAAGCACACUUCGUUUUCCCAUUAAGCCCGAAUUCUGAAGAAUGGUUAUUGACCUCUUUGGACGUGGAAGUAGAGGGUCAGGGGAACGUGUCUAUGGCUGUAGUUAAUUAUAAGGAUCUGUCGUCUCGCCUACCUUCUCUGCGAAGAUCUAUUGGACUCAUAGGCGGUCGUGAAGUUGAAUACAAUAUGGCGUCUUCGCAAUCUCAAGUUCGAGCGUAUGGUGGACAUGAUGCCCAAUACAUAGUCACGCUGCUUUUCACACAUGCAAAGAAUUACACCGCUAUUGAAUCGAAGUUGGCCUGCGCCUUACGAACCGCAACAGAUCCUUCGACUUGGGAUAUAACUGCGUGCGAAGUGAGGGUCCCUGAGCCAAGCCACAUUUCUUGUCGAUGUCGCGGUUUGGCUACGUACGCGCUCUUCACUGUUGCACGCUCUACACUCACAGAUGCAGAAAGGGACCUGGGUGAAAUUGUUAAAGUGACGGUUGGCUUGGGAGGUGCACUGUGCCUUAUGGCCGCCUUCAUACAGUUCGUGACCACAAUAUCUGGCGGCCCAAGACUAGCGUCAAUUUUAAGAAUGGUUACUGCUGCGUCAAAUGCGGCUGCUUUGCUGACGUUACUCGAAUGCGAUACUAGGCAGGAAGAAUCGUGUCCGGGUGUAUAUGGGUGGAUUUGCGCAGCGAGUUGGUGCAUCGUGUGUGCCGCACUUUGCGCGCAGCCUUUAUUGCUGCAAGCCGAGUUAGCUGGACGACCACAGAGAGCCAGCUCCGUUGGAAUACUUGCUGGUUUCGGUACCAUAGUAUGGCUUUGCGCUAGACUAUGGGGUGGGGCCCCACUACAGCUAGGCUCUGGUGCUCAACUUAUAUGCGCAGGCGGCUGUACGCUGCUGACGCUACUAUGUGCGGUUUUAGCGUUUUGCGCUGCGUAUAACAUGCGCAUAGUUAAGCGCAAGGUUCCCGCUGAGAGGCGGACUUAUUUGAGUAACAGAAUUCGCAUAGUCCGCCAUACUCUCAUCCUAUUGGUCACGACGUCUGCCGCGCAGAUGGCCAGCAUUGCGUACGCGCAACCUGGUGACCGAAAAUUAACCCUUGUUGCCGGACUUGCCGUUACCGCAUUGGCUGAUGGGUUGUCAAUGUUCCUCUGCUACGUGUUAUGUGAUGACGACAGCAUUCAACUCGCGCGUCGAUUAAUGUCCCUUCCUUCAGGCAAUAAGCAGCGAGGAGACACAACAUUAAGCUUGUACAUCGCACAAAGCGGAGAGGCCGAGAGUCUAGGCUUCGACGGCUCCUCUCCCAUUACUCCGCUCUCUUCUUACUGGAGGUUCGACAGUCCCUCUAAGAUUCACAGAAAUUCGCAAGAUAGUCGCGCUGAUAUAGUGCGAAGUACCGAAUACACCGCCAGCCCGCAUAAUCCGAGAAAAAUGACCACUCGGGCCCUUUGCGACCUCAUCCCUCAGCCUGAUUUAAGCUCCACAUACAUUGAGCUGAAAGUCCCCAAACAAGAUAUCCUUAACUUCGAUCCUCCUAACAAAGUAAGACCCUUUAAAAUUAAUUUCACAGAUCUCAACAUACCUAGAUGCACCUUAUGCCAAUCUAACCCAGACAUAUCCCUUCCUAUAAAAAGCUGUUUGAAAAAACCAAAAAUUUUCUCAUCCAGUAUUUCAUUACCAGCCGAGGAAAACCUAAAAACAAAUAUAGAGUUAAUUAAUAUUAAGUGGAAUCAGGUGUACGAUUCUCCAACGGACCAAAUGAUUAAUAAAAUUUCUCAUGAUUUAGAUUUUUUGCUAAAUAGAAAGAAUAAAGAUAUACAAAUACAGGAAGCGCCCACCUAGAUUAGUUUUAAAAUUGUUUUGUAAUUUAAUAAAUCGUAAGAGAUAAAAUACUGUUGCAACCUUAAAUGAAAAUUAGAAACCCAUGACCAUAGACAUUUUUACAUAAAAUUACUUAACAAAAACUUUAACAUAUUUUAACCUAACAGAAAUAUUUGACUAACUCAAAAAUACAAGCAACGUAUACGUAAUGUAUUAGACCAGAAAUUUUAUUGUUAUGAUGUUCUUUUGUUUUGACAGACUACAGGAUAUGUAAUCUGUGCGUGGUUUAGUUUUUUUUGUCUUUCUGUAUAAAUUACAUAAAUCAACAACAACAAACACAUAGCAACAAUUUUCUCUAUUCCAUUAUGGCAACAGUUUUACUCUUACAACAGUAUUUUAUUUGUUACUGCCUACGAGUUUUAGUGAAAUUAUAUGAUUGCCCAUUUUAACCUCAUUUGUUAUAAGUAUAAAAAUGUAUCUCACAAAAAUAAUGUUAAUGCAUAAUAAGUAUUAUCUAGGUACCUGCUAAUUUUAUAUACCUAUUUAUUAACCAUUCUUAUUAGUGUAGUUAUCCUAAAAAUUAUUUCCCUCAAAUUGUAUUAUAUAAGAAAUUUUAAAUUUUUGUUUUAACCAUUGCAAUAAAAUUAAGUUUAUUUGUAAUAAAAUUAUAAUAUAAAUUUUUAAAAUAAGGUACUGUUAUCGUGUAAAUAAUUCUUUUUGUAUUGAAAAUAAAGGUAUCUCAGUUUU